AUGAUCAUCCGACUUCACUCCCUUGCGCUUCUGGCGACCCUUCUCGCCCUUCCUUUCGGCACCUUUUGUGCCGCAGAUGAUGCCCUGAUCUCACCUGAUGCCCCGGUAUCGUCUAUCAUUGCUACAGCGAAGUCGUUCUUGGCCAAAGGGUCCCACAGCGACGCUCUGACAUAUUUUGAUAUUGCCAUUACAAAGGACCCCUCGAAUUAUUUGGCUGUCUUUCAGCGGGGCGUAACGUACCUCUCUAUCGGUCGGAAUGCGCAAGCAAGCGCGGACUUCGACAAGGUCUUAGAGAUCAAGCCCGGUUUCGAGGGCGCAUUGCUACAACGGGCCAGAAUCAAGGCUAAAAAUGGUGAUUGGGCGGCAGCAAAGGAUGACUAUUUAAAGGCUGGGAAAGGCGCAAGUCAAGAGACGUCUGACCUGGAAGAGGCGCAAGGUGCGGCCUUACUGGCUGCUGAGGCGGAAAACAGGCACGACUGGGAAGCUUGCGUCACUCAGGCAAGUGUGGCAAUCAUGACGGCCAGCACAGCUCUGUCUUUACGCCAGCUACGUGCCAGGUGUCGAUUUGAAAAAGGCGAGGUUCAAGAAGGUGUAAACGACCUCAAUCAUGUACUCCAGCUCAGCCCAGGGUCACUUGAGCCCUAUCCUCGCAUAUCGAGUAUGCUCUUUUACAGUCUCGGCGACAUGAGCAAAGGUAUCGAAAAGGUUAGCGAGUGCCUUCGGUCUGAUUCUGAUUACGAGCCUUGCAAAAAGCUGCGGAGAAGGGAAAAGCAGCUUUCCAAGACUUUGGGGAAAGUAAGAAGCCUCAUGGAUUCACGGCAGUUCAACAGUGCUUCUAAGCUUCUCGCGGGUACAGGCGAGGAAGCCGGGGCUCUUGCUGGUAUCAAAGAGGAUGUAGCACAAUUCACGCAUUCGUCCUUCAUCCAUCCCAAAGCACCCAAUGGACUUUACGCUACAUACGUUGAGCGUGCGUGCGAAUGUUUUCGCGAAAUGAACUCACCAAGAAGAGCUGCACCAUUCUGCGCCGAAGCAUUGACGCUCAAUCCUACUUCCCUUCACGGCCUCCUUUACCAAGCCCAAAAACAACUGGGAGCGGAAGACUUUGACGCAGCCAUGGCAGCUCUAAACACUGCCAAGGAGCACUACCCUGACUCACAGGUUGUCCAACAAAAGCUGCAGGAAGCUCAAGCUUUGCUGAAGCGCUCAAAGCAAAAGGAUUACUACAAAGUCUUAGGCGUCGACCGUGAAGCAGAUGAUAGGACCAUCAAACGCGCCUAUCGUAAUCUCGUCAAACAACAUCAUCCAGACAAAGCGGCUGGGCGCGGCUUGACAAAGGAACAGGCGGAGAAGAAGAUGGCGCAGAUUAACGAAGCGUAUGAAGUGCUCAGUGACCCCGAGCUGAAGGCUAAAUUCGAUCAAGGGGAAGACCCGAACGACCCGAUGGCUCAACAAGGGGGACAUCCAUUCCAGGGAAGUCCGUUUGGUGGUGGCCAACAAUUUUUCUUCCAACAGGGUGGUGCAUUUAGUGGUAGUGGGCAGCGGCAAUUCAAGUUCCAACAAGGACCGGGCGGCGGCGGCUUUCCGUUCGGGUUUCCUGGCUAG